UCGAAACGCAACCCACCAAACAGAAGCUCUUGUCUCUCUGCGUUCUGCAAGGAGCUUCAGAACUCCCCGCGUGUUUUCCUUUCCUUAAUUCUCUUAGAUUCACUGAACUCUUUAACUCAAAAAAGCUUUAUUAUUUAUUUAUAUAUUUAUUAUAGUUGGUUAGGGUUUUUCUUUUCUGUUUUCUUUCCCUGAUUCCCAUGAUCCAAUCACCCCUACAACGAACUCAGAUUCUCGAAAUUCAAAGAAAAAAAUUCCCUAUCAAUGGGUGUCUCUUUCAAGGUGUCGAAGAACGGCACAAGGUUCCGUCCAAAGCCUCUUCUUCAAUCCGAGACCAACGCAGUUGUUGACAACGUCUCCGAAGAUUCCAAAAAUAGCUCGCGAAUUGUAGGAGAUGAAUUCAAUUCCCGGAAACUCGAGGGUAACACCGUUGAGGGAGUUGCGAAUCUUGCUGGGGCAUCUGGUUCAUCCAUGUCUUCCGAAAGGUUUUGUGUAGCUACAGAGAAUGAAGUUUCCUUCACAUUGAACCUCUUCCCAGAUGGAUAUUACAUUGGAAAACCCUCAGAGAAUGAGACUGCACCUCUGUCAACACUUCAAGAUAAUCCAAAGUCAUUACAUCCAUAUGAUAGAACAUCUGAAACUCUUUUCUCGGCUAUUGAAUCUGGUCGGUUGCCUGGAGAUAUUCUAGAUGAUAUACCUUGCAAGUAUGUUGAUGGAACACUUGUAUGUGAGGUUCGAGAUUAUCGUAAAUGUGCUUCUGAACGUGGGCCUGGUGCUACUUUAACUGAUGGAUUCCCUGUUGUGAAUAAAGUACAUCUUAGAAUGUCACUGGAGAAUGUUGUGAAGGAUAUGCCAUUGAUCUCAGAUAAUUCUUGGACUUAUGGUGAUCUGAUGGAAGUGGAGUCUCGUAUAUUGAAAGCCUUGCAGCCACAACUUUGUCUGGAUCCUAUGCCCAAGUUGGAUAGGCUCUGUAACAAUCCAGUUCCUGUAAAGCUCGAUUUGGCACUAUGCAGUGUGCGGAGGAAGAGAUUACGGCAGAUGCCUGAAGUUACUGUCACGGCUAACAGUAAGACAAAUGGGAAGAAAAUUUGUAUCGAUAGGGUUCCAGAAAGUUCUAACUGCAGAAUGGGAGAUUCAGUAAUUAAUUCAGGCAAUAUGAUGCCGCAGCAGGUGCUUGAAAAUCAGACUGCUCAUAAUAGUAGUCCAAGUAAUAUGUUAGCCUUGAGAGCUAAGAGCUUUGUUUCUGAUGCCUCUGUUCCAGCACCACAUUUGGUAUCUAAUCAAUCAAGGUAUCAAAUGGGGGUCAGAAGCAUGCAGGAUCAUGGGUCAGGUUCCAUUGUCAACACAUCAGGGGCUAGCCCUGCCGGGCAGGACAUGAUGAUGUCAUAUGUUGACAAUAUAAACUCUAAUUCCUCUCUUCAUGGAAAGAGGGAGGCUCAAGAUGGGCCAAUGUCACCCAUUUUUAAUAAGAGAACAAGGACUACUCCAAUGGGUCUUGAUGGAAUACAACAACAAAUGGGUCCACAAAUAGAUGGCUUCCAUGGAUCUGAGAUGAACUGGAAGAAUACCUUUAUGCAGCAGCAAGCUAUAGCCAGAGGAAUUCCAUAUGCACAUGCUGGUAUUCAAAAGUAUCCUCAGCCAGGGAUUGAAGGAGUUCUGAGUCAGGAUGGUGGAGCCACAGCGUUUGCUGCAGGCCAGCAGGGAAUGAGAUAUGGUGCCAAAGACGAGCAGCUUGAGACGGUUAAGGUGGAUGGGUCAGAGUUCAGUGGGAGUAAAAAUGAUGCACAGAUGGUAGAAGCAGAAAUAAGCCAUCUUGAUACACAACAAUCACGGAUUCAGCAAAGAUUACCACAGCAUGCCUUCAUUAGAUCUAAUCUUCCUCAGUCAGCCUGGAACACUCUUACUCAUCACAUCGAGAAAGAUGGAAGAAAGGAGGACCAAAUCCAGAAAAGGAAAUCAGUGCAAAGUCCUAGAUUGUCUGCAGGGACUUUGGUUCAAUCUCCACUAUCAUCAAAAUCUGGGGAAUUUUCUAGUGGUUCAGUUGGGCCCCACUUUGGAACUGUUACAAAUGCUACUCUAGGAGUAUCCCAAAAGGAGAAAGCAGCAAUGAGCUCAGUACCUGCUGUUGGUGGGACCCCUUCUUUGACUUCCAGUGCUAAUGAUUCCAUGCAACGGCAACACCAGGCUCAGCUUGCAGCGAAACGAAGAUCAAAUUCCCUUCCCAAGACCCCAGCAAUGACUGGUGUUGGCUCCCCUGCUAGUGUUAGUAAUAUAAGUAUUCCAUUAAAUGCGAACAGUCCUUCAGUUGGAACCCCAUCAUCAGCAGAGCAAGCCAUGAUUGAUAGGUUCUCAAAGAUUGAAAUGGUGACUAUGAGGCAUAAACUCAAUGACAAAAAGAACAAGGUUGAUAACCCCAUCGAGAAGCCAAAAUCAUAUUCAGCUCAAGAUCUUAUAAGAAAUCUUACAUAUGUUUCAAACAGCGAGGAUUCCAAAGAUGACCGAUGUCUAAAGACAUUAUCAAAGUCCUUAGUAGGUGGUAGCAUGAAUAUCUGCAAGACUAGAGUUAUCGUUGUUGUGCAGCCAGAGCAUGUAGUUCAAGGAAGUGUUGUUUCUUAUGUUCCUAAGAUACAAACCAGGAUGAUAAUGUCUGAGAAGCCAAGUGAUGGUACUGUAGCAAUGCACUUUGGAGAUAUUGAGUAUAAUCAGUUUUUGGCUAUGGAAGAUUAUCUUCCUACAUUACCCAAUACUCAUUUGGCAGAUUUGCUUGCGGCACAAUUUUGUUCACUGAUGGAACGUGACGGAUACGAGGUGAAGGAUCAUGUACAACCUAAACCAUCCCACAUGAAUCUUGCCCCAGGCAACCAAUCAAAUACUGCUGGAAUGCCUCCUAAUAAUUCAGCAGCUCAGAUUCAACAAUAUGCAGAAGCGGUUUCAGGACAGCCGUCUAAUGAGGUUGCUAAGCCAAAUAUUAGUGGUAAUACAUCCCUCAAUGCGUCCCAGAAUCCUCUAGCAAGCACAAGGAUGCUGCCUCCUGGAAGCAGUAGUCAGGCCUUACAGAUGUCUCAAGGACUCAUGUCGGGGGCUUCAAUGCCCCCACGGCCACAACAGCUAGACUCGCAACCAUCACUUCAGCCGCAGCAGCAGCAGCAUCAGCAACAACAGCAGCAACAGCAGCAGCAGCAAAACCAGCACUCCUUGAUUCAACAGCAGCAUCCCCAGCUUCAAAGGUCCAUGAUGCUUGGGACAACACACUUGAAUGCAAUUGGGCAGAAUUCCAACAUGCAGUUGGGAAAUCACAUGAUGAACAAGCCUUCUUCUCUCCAACUUCCGAUGUUACAGCAUCAGCAGCAGCAACAUCAACAGCAGCAGCAGCAGCAGCAGCAAUCUCAACUCCAGAGGAAAAUGAUGAUGGGUCUUGGAACAGCCGUAGGUAUGGGAAAUGUUGGAAACAACAUAGUUGGGCUUACAGGUCUUGGGAAUGGAAUGGGCAUGGGAACUAGGGGAUUAGCAGGAACUGGAAUAUCAGCACCCAUGACAUCUAUUUCUGGGAUGGGAAAUGUGGGUCAGAAUCCAAUGAAUUUAGGCCAGACUUCAAAUAUUAGCAAUACAAUAAGCCAGCAUAUUCGAUCUGGAUCGUUAUCACCUGCUGCUCUCAUGGCAUCAACAAGAUUUAGAAUGGCACAGGCACAGAAUCGAGCAAGCAUUUUAGGUGGCCCUCAGUCUGGCAUAGGUGGGAUAUCAAGUGCCAGACAGAUGCAUCCUAGUCCUGCUGGUAUCGCAAUGCUGGGUCAGACUCUGAACCGAGCUAACAUGAAUCCAAUGCAACGAGCAGCAAUGGGCCCCAUGGGCCCACCGAAGUUGAUGGCAGGGAUGAAUCUCUACAUGAACCAGCAGCAGCAACAGCAUCAGCAGCAGCAACAGCAACAGCAACAACAACAGUUGCAAUUACAGCAGCCACAGUUACAGCAACAGCAGCAAUUACAGCAACAGCAGCAAUUACAGCAGCACCAACAAUUGCAGCAGCAGCUGCACCAACAGCAGCAACAAGAGACAACCUCACCAUUGCAGGCUGUUGUUUCACCGCAGCAGGUUGGUUCACCCUCUACCAUGGCAAUUCCUCAAAUGGCCCCACAAACCCAGCAGCAGCAGCAAAAUAGCCCUCAGCAAAUGAGCCAGCGAACUCCAAUGAGCCCACAAAUUAGCUCAGGGGCUAUCCAUGCCAUGAGCACUGGAAACCCGGAGGCUUGUCCAGCAAGCCCACAGUUGAGCUCCCAAACCCUUGGGUCAGUUGGUAGUAUCACAAAUUCUCCUAUGGACAUUCAAGGUGUUAACAAGAGUAACUCAGUGAGUAAUGCAUAGUAAAAGUUGCACAUUCUCUUUGUAGCUGUGUUAAUUAGUCGUUCUCGUCCUCUCUCAAGGGCAAAGGGUGAGGGAUGAAAGAAUAAUGCUGCAUAACGACAAUUCAAAGGCUUGGGUUUCCUGUCAAUGGUGCUAGCUGGAGAGGAAGGCCACUAUGGCCAUUGCUGAGUGCCCCUAAAAAACUAGGGCCUGAAAUGAAAAUUUAAUUCAUUGUUAUAUAUCAUACUCUGCAGUUUUUCUCAAGUCCAAACAAACUUUUCUUUGCCACUUCAAUACACAGUAGGAUAACUGUAUUAUUGCUUGAGAAAAGUUCAUUACAUCAUUUGCGAACAGCUUCCUGUUGUAUAAUAAUAUUGUAAAUGUCUAAUUUGCGUGA